GGUGUCCCCAAGCUGCCAAGAUGUGAACGUGAGGAGGGACUUGGGAAGCAACAGAGAUGCCGUGGGCCCGCAGUGCCCUUGCGAUUAGACUGGCUAGUUUGUAUCUCAUGGUGCACGUCGGGCCCUCGCUGGGUGCGCCGCAGGCUUCGCUUGCGUCUUCAGAUGAGUCUUGCAUUUUCAGCCUGACCUUGAGGAAUUUCCGGCCAAUAUUAUCCUGGGAAUUAAAAAACCGCUCCAUUGUCCCAACUCACUACACGCUGCGGUACACGAUCAUGAGUAAAGCAGAAGCCCUGCAGCUGGUCCCGGAGUGCGCCAACAUCACGCGGCCCUCCUGCGACCUCACGCACCAGUGGCACAACCUGAACGAGAUGUACCUGCCCUGGGUCAUCGGGUCCCGGGGGAGCGCCACGCUGGUCAACUGCGCGGGCAUGGUCUCCCCGUUCGUGGAAAUGAUCCUGGAGCCCCCCGAGUUUGAGAUCGUCGGCUUUGUGGACCACAUUAACGUGAUACUGAAAUUUCCACCCUCCUUGCCCAAGUUGCCGCCUGGGAAAGGAUUAUGGCUUCACUUGUCACUUUCCAUAGAAGAGGAGUCAGAGGGGAUUGUGAGGCAGCAUCUACUCAAAAUAGAUGAACGCACCACCGGAAAUUUCACUUACGUCAUCGACAAGCUGAUUCCAAACACGAACUACUGUGUGUCUGUUUAUUUGAAGUUGGAGAAUCUGUCUAAACUGAGAUCUCCCUGGAAGUGUGCCCGCCUCCCACCCAGGCCGGAGCCAGUGUCCUCAGAAUCUGCCAGCAUCGGAGGCCUGACGGUUCUGUUUCUGAUGGCCGUCCUCGGGGGCGCCUUCACAGUGCUGAGGCGGAUCGGUUACAUUUGCUUACGAAGCAAGUUCCCCAAAGUGUUGAACUUUGAUGACGUGGCCAUCUGGGCGUUCCCCAAGCUGCCGCCCCUGGAAGCCGUGGCCGUGGCGGAGGUCAUUCACGUCCACAGGAAGAGGAAGGUGUGGGAUUACAACUACGACGACGAAAGCGACGGGGAUGAGGAGGCCGCCCCCCAAGCCAGCGGCGGGGGCUACACCAUGCACGGGCUGCCAGUCAGGCCUCUGUGCCCGGGGUCCCCCUCCUCGGCCACCCUGGGGGGCAGCGAGGAAGCCGAGUCCCAGAUGGCACCAGGGCCCGAGGCCUGGCCCACCGAGCGCACGAGUGGGGCCUACGAGGGGAAGGGGACCUGGGGGCCCGAGGGCAGGAGUGGGGCCUACGAGGAGGAGGGGACUUGGGGGGCCGAGCGCACGAGUGAGGCUUCCAAGGAGGAGGAGGAGGUGGUGGUGGUGGAGGAGGAGGAGGAGGGGACCUGGCCGGCGGACCCCUUUCCCAGGGAGGACAGCGGCCCCACCAAGAGCCCCGGGGACCGGAUCUUCUUCAAUGUGGACUUGAACUCCGUGCUUGUGAGUCCCGACGGGGACGACUCUGGGGCACAUCCCGUGUUCUGUCUCCCGGAGGAGACGGUGGACGCUGACGACCCCGAGGACAGCGCCGCGGGGCCUGAAGACGCUCCUUUCGAUGGAAACGACCCCUCCAGGUCCGACGUGGGCAUCGGGGACGGUUAUAUGAUGAGAUGACCCCAAAAUAGGGGCUUACCCAGCAGCUACCUCUCCCGCCCCUCGCUGCCCCAAGCGUUGGGAGGGGGGCAGAGCGCCCCCUUCCUGGGAUGUUACCUAUGCAAAUCCCCGUGGGGAGGGGAGAGCGAAUGCCAUCGUGUCAUCACCGGGGCCUCUUACAUGUCCAGAGGGACAGGCCUUGGAGGGAAUGCCCUGUCCUCUGCUCACGCACUGAUCCCGUUUCUGCCUCCGUUUCCCGAAGUAGCAGGGUCCCCUGGGGUCUCCAGGGGUGGCCCAGGGCCCUGGGGAGUAAGCAGAGGGUCCAGGGAGGGCGUGGGGGAGAAAGCAGCCAGGCCACCACAGUGGCUGGAGCGUCCACAGUGGCUCCCACAGGCUCCAGGACAGAGCAGGGAAAGAGCCGGAGGGAGGAGCCAGGAGGCCUUCCUGGCCGCGGGAGAAUGAAGGCCUGAGGUUUCUGGGCCUUUAGCCAUUUAAGACGCCGUGUGUGUUGACACCAAAUGCCCUACUUGUGACGACAGUCCUGCGACUGGGGGUAGGGGCAGGCUCCAGAGCCUUGGUAGCAGACGCCCAGGACUGGGACUCCUGGUUCUGAGCCCAUUGUGCUGUGUGGCCCUGAGCACUUUCUCAGCCUCUCUGAGCCUGUGUACUCACUUGUGAAAUAAGGAGACUGGACAAAGUCAUCUCCGAGACCUGUGAUGCUGGGAGAAAUAUUAGGAAACUAGAGGCCCAGUGCAUGAAAUUCGUGCACGGGUAGGGUCCCUAGCAGCUGCCAGCUGCUGGCCUGGGCCUGCCUUCAUUCCGCACCGCCCCCUGGUGGUCAGCGCACAUCAUAGCAAGCGAUCGAAUUCCCAGUUGGUCAAACUCCCAAGGGGACACUUUGCAUAUUAGGCUUUUCUAUAUAUAGAUACACAGGCCUGAUGACAGGCGGAGGGGCCACAGCCCAGGAGGCUCUGGGGUGAAGGGAGGGUAUAGAACCCCCUGACCUCGGCCCCUCACCCAGAAUCAGGGUCCUCAGACCUUCCUUCUGGAUCCUUUCGAGGAGGGAACAAAGUUUACAGCAGUCCUACUAGGCCAAGGACUUUGAAUAGAUUAUUUUCGUGUUGCUCUAAAGUAACUCGAAGGACAGGUCCGAGAGAGGGGUGGUGUCCAUCUGAUGGGUUCUGUAGCAAAUGGACAGAGUCAUAGACCAGCGGUCGCCAACCUUUCAGACCUCAUGGACCACCGGUUGGCAGUCACUGUUGUAGACGCUGCCCAUGUCUCUGGCGGUCGGCCGCACCUGGGAAAUUUCCAGAGUGACCUUUCCCAGAAACCUCUCGUUGGCAGCGUGUGUACCUGUGUUUUUAAAUUUUGUAUAAGGGUUGGAGGUUGGGAAAGGAUAAUACAGAGAUACUUUUUAAUACAAA